GGAAAGAUUUUGUAAUUUAUUACAUUUCAUGGUAUUGCAGUAAUAAUGUUAAACUGCAAUGUAUACGUAUUGUGUCCAAAUUGAUAUUGGAAUUAGUGGUAAUCUGAAGGUAAUCUGAAAUCGAACGGUGUGGUGUGUAAGAAGUCAAAAGUCAGAGACGGUCCAUAUAAGUAUUGUUGGGUCUGCGCCAGUGGCACCACCGGACCUGAGCUCCUCGUUUUUCCUCGAAAGGAAUUUACGAGCAGGCCUUUAUUUGGGCUUCAUUUGAUUGGCAUCUUGUGGGAAACGGAUCGCGACUGACCCGAUAACUUCUUUCGCGUCCUUUGUUUCCUCGUUCCUCCGCCAUUAAUUAUUUAUCGUUUCCAAUGUUUCCAGCAUCCAGAAUGCGAAUGCGGUCAUCAUACGUGCGGAGCGAACUGCGACCGAUGCUGUCCCAUGUUCAAUCAGAGGCAGUGGGGCCCAGGGACGUCUCGGGACGCGAAACUCUGCAUGCCCUGCAAUUGCCACGGACACGCCACCAGCUGCCACUACGACGAGGAGGUCGAUCGCGCCGCAAUAAGUCUCGAUGUGAACGGACACUUCCAAGGCGGAGGCGUCUGCGACAACUGCACGGAUCACACGACCGGCAUCAACUGCGAACUCUGCGUCCCAGGCUACUACAGACCGAAAGGCAUCUCCGCCGACGACCCGAAUGCUUGCACCAAGUGCGACGAUUGCACGGCUCUAGGAUCGACCGGGAAUUGCGAGUUAUCCAAGGAUAAUGUUGAUGAUGCUGAUGAUGACAAGGGGGUGGUGGUGUGCGAGUGUCGACCUGGAUACGUGGGGUUGCGGUGCGAUACCUGCGCCGAUGGUUUUCGUGGUUACCCCGACUGCGAGCCUUGUCCAUGCGAUCCUCGCGGUGUCCUGGUCGACACCGACUGUGACGGUGACUGUUCCUGCAAGGGGAAUGUUGAUGGGAAAUUUUGCGAUCACUGCAAGGCCGGGCAUUUCGCGCUGCAAAUGAACAACCCGGAAGGAUGCUCAUCCUGUUAUUGUUCCGGAGUUACAACGGUCUGCGCCUCCGCACAAUUGCCAAUUAAAAGGUUUACGGGCACGGACGGAUGGCUCAUAAGUGACAUCUCGGUGAGCGAAGUGGAGGAGCCCACGCUCGACGAGCACGACAUGAUCUCUGUUGGCAACUACGAGAUACCUGGUAUCGAAGCGUAUUACUGGUUGGCACCUGAAGUGUACCUGGGUAAUAAGUUGGAGGCGUACGGGGGAGAGCUGGUGUUCAAGGUGCAUUGGGUGGUGAUGCGAGGCGAUACCAGCGGGAAACCGACGACCGGUCCCAACGUUAUAUUGGUCGGUAGAAAUGGGAUGAGGAUAGCGUGCGGAGAUGAGCCGUACACGGACGGCGACAUGACUUUCCGGAUAACUUUGGCGGAAUUCGAGGACACUUGGUAUCACGUUCCCGGCGACGUCAAGGACAUCGUAACGCGGUUGAGGCGCACCGAGUACAAAGGGGAUUUCGUCACCAGAGCCCAGUUUUUAAGCGUCCUCACCGAUGUAAAGCAUGUGAUGCUACGGGCCAAAUUCCACACCGAUCAGAUCGAAGGAUCCUUGGAGGAGGCGUAUAUUUCUGUAGGGGACUACAAAGACGGUUACGGCCCCGUCGAGGAAUGCUCGUGUCCUUCUGGUUACACGGGUCUUUCCUGCGAGUCCUGCCAGUACGGACACGUGCGGAUCAUCAGCAAUACCAGUUCGCACCAGCAGAUCGGUUUCUGCGCCAAAUGCGACUGCAACGGUCAUUCAUCCUCCUGCAAUUUAGAUACUGGAGAAUGUUACUGCGAACACAACACCAUGGGAGAGACCUGCGAGCGCUGCGCUCCAGGAUUCUACGGGAAUCCGCUUCAAGGUACCCCGAAGGAUUGCAAGAAAUGCGCAUGUCCUUUGGAAGAGAAAAGCAACAAUUUCAGUCCGAGCUGCCAAUUGGAUUUACUCACCUUGAGCAACGACGACGACGAACCCGGUUACGUUUGCACGCAGUGCCCCAAAGGCUACACCGGAGACCAUUGCGAGAUAUGCGAUGAUGGAUACUUCGGAUUGCCUAGUAAACUUGGUGGUCGAUGCGAUCCGUGCACCUGCGGAGGAGGCCCUUGCGACAGGAUCACAGGGCAAUGUUUGGGCUGCAGAGGCAAUACCGAAGGCUGGAGAUGCGAACGCUGUAAACUAGGAUAUUACGGAGAUCCGGUAAUAGGAUGCGAGGCGUGCCUGUGCGACCCGCAGGGCUCAAUAAGCCCGAAUUGUAAUAAUGUCACUGGGGAAUGCGAAUGCAAGGAACAUUUUAUUGGAAGGACAUGCAAUAAAUGCGAAACUGGUUAUGGAAAUGUUACUGCCCAAUGCACAGAAUGCACAUGCGACUCGAUCGGAUCCAAAUCGAAUAUCUGCGACCCUCAUUCGGGUCUUUGCGAUUGUCAGCCGGGCGUCGAGGGCUUCCGUUGCGACGCCUGUCAGCAUCUCCACUACGGAUUCUCUACGGACGGAUGUCAAAGCUGCCAAUGCAAUCCGCAAGGAUCGCUAAUGCCCACCUGCGAUAUCCGCACUGGUCAAUGCCGUUGCAAGAACUACUACAGAGGAAGGAAAUGCGACAAUUGCCAGGAUGGUUAUUGGAACUCCUCCAAGGGUUGCGUUAAGUGCGACUGCGAUCGUGAAGGUUCGAAAAGUAAGAAUUGCAAUCAGAUCAAUGGGCACUGCUUCUGCAAACCGGGCGUUCUUAGCCCCAAAUGCGAGGAUUGUCAGCCCCAUCAUUAUGGAUUUUCAAAUCUUGGCUGCAAAGCCUGUGACGUGUGUACCAAAAAGGGACAUAUCUGUCAUCCGGAGAACGGAAGAUGCGUUUGUCCACCAUACAGUCAUGGGGAGAGCUGCCAGAUUUGCAAUACAAAUACUUGGGGCCAUGAACCAGGAAAAGGAUGCAAA